AUGUCAGGGCAGAAGAACAGCAGCGACUUCAAGGCCAUGAAUGUGGCAGAACUUAAAAAAUAUUUACAGGAUCGCGGCGUUUCGGUGAGCGGAUAUUUAAAACCUUCGCUGGUGGAAAUCGCUUCUGCAGUCGAAAGAAUGGUUUUACCCGUUGACCCAAACUUUGAAAAAGAUCAAACAAAUGAUGCGGGUACAUUAAUCAUUCAUGAUAUGGUAAUUCCUGAUCCACUUUCCCUGAAGACCGUGAACAACUUCAACUCUUCGCCGCCAUUUGGGUUGUUCGAUAUUUUUAACCAUUUAAUCUACCACUCCACCGAUUACGAUAAACAGGGGCUCGCCGCUUAUAAAUCAUUUGACGACUAUAGAUUAUUCAAUGACGGUUACGUGGAAUCCUUGCUUACUACUCAGUUAAAACACGAGGGAGUCCAUGUUUACGUUGCGAAAGUGAAGCCUUUCAUGAAGUUAAAGACGGACGAAGGAAAGGAGUACUACGAUCUCUGGUUUAUUCUAGAGGGCAGAGGGGCGAACCGCGGCAGUGUACUCCGAGCACGAUGUAAGUGUAAAGGCGGUCGAGAUGGGGGAUGUAAGCAUAUCGCAGCUGCCAUGUACGCUCUAGAGGAUUUGGUAAAUACCCGUGGUGAAGAUAGUGUAACGAGUGGCCCAUGUGUUUGGGUUAAGAGGCCAAGAGCGAAUACACAAGCGUGUGAAGUAAAAGAUCUUAUCAUUGAGAAAGGCAAAAAACCUUCCCACAAAAAGAGAAAACGCAAACAAGUUUACUGUCAAAACAUCGACACAGAUGUCCGUGCCCCUGAAGACACAAAUCCAAAAGAUGAGGAAAAUCUAAGGAAGUUUACCAAACGAAUUUGCCACUUAAAACAUACACCUGUCAUUUUGCCCCUGUUUAAAAAACUUUAUGGCUCUCCAGAAAAAGACACAAUCACAGGAGAACUUGGUCACUCUAACCAUAAUCGGCCAAAAACCGGUAUAAUGAGGGCUAAGCUCCUGGAGAUUUUAACUAAUGAUCCCAAAACCUCAACAGAAGAAAUUGUCAAGGUAUUGUCUUUCAGUGAUUCUGAACGAAAGCAGGUUGAGAGAACAACCACCAAGCAAUGGCAAUGUGAAGAGUGGUACCUUCAUAAGACAGGGUUUAUCACAGCCUCAAAGUGCAAAAGAGUUUUUACCCGCCAGGAAACGCUUGAGAAAAACCCAGCUGAAAAUGCCAAAAAGUUGAUAGAAGAAAUUGGUCUUGUAAAGUCAUGUCCACCGCCCAUCCAGGAGGAAAGAGAACCACAAAAUGCCAGGGAGUGGGGGUUGCUACAUGAAGAGAGUGCUUGCAAGGCAUAUCAACGUGUUGCAGGCCACAAUCAUCACAAGCUAAAGCUCAUCCCAAAAGGCUUUUUAAUCUCCCGGUCCAAGCCUUUCCUUGGUGCUAGUGUGGACAAUAUUCAGAAAUGCCAGUGUUCUGAUGGUUGCCCAGUAAGAGUGGUUGAAUACAAAUGCCCUUGGAAACACAGGGAUCUGCACCCAAAACAAGCCUUCUUAACCCCAGAAAUUGGUGGUAUUCAAAAUGGAAAUAAGUUUGCACUAAAAUCUACUUCAAAUUAUUACUUUCAAGUACAACUUCAAAUGUUUGUAAGCGGCCUCACCUUGUGCAUCUUUGUUGUGAGGACCAACAAGGGAAUCUUCACUGUUGAUGUACCCUAUGAUCCAAGCUUCAUGUCUGUUGUCUGUGCAAAGCUGGAGAAGUUCUGGACAAGUCAGGUACUCCCUUUCCUAAUAACUGACGUUUCCACGACAUCCUUGCCAGGUAAGUAUUUAUUACAAAGAUUUAAGCCCUAACUUAUUACAUCUAACUUUAUAGUAAUAAUUACUCCAGUCAUUCGGGAGUUUUCUUCUAAUUUACAGUUCAUGCCUGACCCCAUGCUCAGAAUGUUCUUUUUUGUUGUUGUUUUUUUGGGGGGUCUCCCAACGCAGGUUCAUCACAAGAAGCAUUUUGCUCUUCCCAAGAUUCCACCAUUUCAGAGCAAUACAUUAACAGCUCUGCACAGCAGCCCUGUAGCCACUCAGAAGCAGAUGUCAUGACCACUUCACAAGAUAAAAGCCCUGCUGCAGCUACUACUGGCACCUCACAAAGUCCCUUAUAUAUAGAUUUGUCCCAGUGCAGUACCCCUACCCCACCUACAGAGAGUGUGGAAAUCUCUGGACUUCAAAUCUACAAGGAUGAUGUCGAAACUAUUCAACCAAAGGCCAUGAUUACUGAUACCAUAGUUUUGUUUUUGUUCAAGUAAGAAUUUUCUUCACAUAACUGUAAGGUAUAAAAUAAUGUACUAAAGGCAUCUCUUAGAUGGCUUCACCUGGUACUAAUGGAGCAUCAUGCUAUACAGCAAUUAAUUUCUUGUUUAUAAUUAACUGUGGAAUCUUUGAGCCACACAAUAAUGUUAUUAAUAUGGAUACCUAAUGCAAAUGAUAAUUUGUAUUGUGAUUUCAGGCAACUACCUCAGAUACAUCCCAUUGUCAGUUCCUUUUUCUAUACCACCUUAUGUGGGGAACAAGAUGUUGGACCCACCACCUCAAGGUAAUGAUAUCGAAUUCUAAUAAUUUCUUUCGUUCAAUUGCUCACAUUAUAUACAAUAAAGUAAAAAUAUUAAAUUCUUCUAUUACUUAAUAAUAUUCCUGUUAUUAAUUUCAGAAUGGUUCGCCAAACAUCAGCAAAGAAGUUUUUUAAGGCAGAGCUGCUGAACAGAAGAUAUGUGUUCAUUCCAAUCAAUAGAAGGUUAUUAUCAUUAUUGUAUUCCAUGAAUAAUUUCAGUGCAAUAAAACAUAAUACAAUGGCUAUUUGUUGUAACAGUGAUUUGAGGUAAAACUGCAUGAAAUUGAAUCUUAUAAUAAUUUUAUAAUAGAUAAUUUUUAGCUUUUAAAUUACCUCAAAUUAAUUAUUAUGAGUAACAUAUAUUUGCUAUAUUUUUUCCUCAGUUUACAUUGGCUGCUGGCUGUCUUAACCCCAUGGUAUGCAUUUCAGGAUAUUUCAAAAAGAUGUAUAUAUAAUUUUUCUUCCACAUUCAUAACAGACGUUCCAUUGUACAUUUAAUCCCUAUUACUUUUAUGUUUUUUUACUGGAUUUUAUAUUACAUCUUUAAUUAUUGUAUCCAUCAUUAGCUGCCAUUUUUGUUCAAUUGUAGGCACUUUUUGAUACUGGACUCAUUGACAUGGGACAUAAGCACAAGGCAUGAAGAAAUACACAAUAUUAACAGGUAUAGAAUUUAUCUCCACAAAAUACACUGUAAGCUUUAUAUAGAGGAAGUGAAAAAUUUGCUUUGUACAUUAUUAUAAUGACAUCUUAAUUUCCAAUUUUUUGGCUUUUUGAAAUACUUCAAACCUUAUAGUUUCUUGGAUCACCUAUGUGCUGCACACAGUAUAACCUCCAUGACAAGCCAACGAUCAAAUUAUGUGCUUAAGGUACGUAAUGACAUAAUUAAGAACUGAACUGACCGGUUCAUCUCUGAAGGGGCCAGUUAACUAUAUAUGUGCUGCCUGGUAACAAUGAACUAACAGUUGCGUCGAUAGUAUUGUCAAAAUUAAUGGAAUAAUGUUUUCUUUCCAGGUACCACAACAGUUGCCAGGAAGCAACAACUGUGGAUUUCACAUAUUCAUGUUUGCUGACCAUUUUUUAAAGGUACAGUACAGGGGUAAAAUCACUUUAUAUUACCACCAAAAUUUCGAUUUCAUGUUAGUAGUUUCUCUUGACUUUCAUUAAUGUAAAGGCACAUUCAUUUUUGCUAUUCUAUAGGACCUGAAGGUGUACGAAAGUGAUCCGAAUGGAUAUUUCAAUGCUGAACAUCAGUGGUUUGAUCCGAAAGAUGCCGAAACCAAGAGGACAUUGACAAGGACUCAUUUGGAAGCUCUUUUUCAGUGA